UCUCAGAGAAAGUGAGAGAUAGAAUGAGAGAUGGGGAAUGAGAGUGAUUGUUAUAGUAGAGAUAGUCUAGUGAUAGCAGAGAGAGAAACUGAAUAACUGUCAGCUAUAAUUUUGCAGUACAUUCAUCUGUUUUUCCAAACUCUUGGAUGUCCAUAGGGAAUUUAUUUAUCAGUCUGUCAUUUGUUUAAGAGAGUGUUCUUGGUCUUGAAAAUGGCACACACUCCAGCACAGUUGCUCAGAGACUAUCUGACUGAGUGGCGGAUACAUCAAAACCGCCUGGUGACCAAAGAAGGCCAUUGCAACAUUGAGUAUUCCAAUGUACAGUACAAAAAAUGGUCCAGUUUCAUGCAAGACAUUUGGACCACUUUAGUGGAGAUCCACUGGACGUUUAUUAUGUUCUUUUUUGUGUCUUCAUUUAUCCUUAGCUGGUUUGUAUUUGCACUUUUUUGGUACUGGGUCGGUGGUACCAAUGGUGACUUGUGGUGGCAAAACCCAUCAGCUAACCACAGUGCAUGUGUGGUUAAUGUCUAUGACCUUACCACUGCCUUUCUGUACUCACUGGAGACACAGACAUUUAUUGCUUAUGGCGUACGAGCCAUUACCACAUUUUGCCCAGGUGCCAUUGCUGUCUAUGUUUUCCAGGUUAACCUUGGUACUAUCAUUCCCUGCUUUUGGGGUGGAGUGGUAAUGGCCAAAAUCUCACUGCCCAAGAGAAGAGCCAAAGCAAUCAUGUUUAGUAAGAUGGCUGUCAUCUGCUCUAGACAAGAUACUCUAUGUCUAAAGAUACGACUGACCAAUCUGCGCAAAUCACUGAUGAUUGGAACGCAAAUAUAUGGCAAGCUUAUUAAAACAACAACCACACCUGAAGGAGAAACCAUCAUCAUGGAUCAGGUCAACAUUGAGUUCACUGUGGAAACUGGGAAUGAAAACCUCUUCUUCAUCUCUCCAUUGACUCUCUACCAUGUGAUAGACAAAACCAGUCCGUUCUUUGAAAUGACAAUGGACACUCUUCAGAAAGAAGACUUUGAGCUUGUCGUGUUUAUGGACAGUGUUGCUGAAUCCACCAGCUUCUCUUGCCAAGUAAGGACUUCCUACAUGCCUAAGGAGAUCAUGUGGGGCUUCCAGUUCCUCCCUAUUAUCUCCCGCAGCAAAGAGGGAAGGUAUCGUGUGGACUUCUCAAACUUUUCUAAAGUAAUGCCCAUAGAUAUACCACACUGUGCCCACUGCUUUCACAGUGAGAAAGCACAUCAUCACCACUCCGAAGGUGGCACUGGCAAUGAGGGCUUUUAAUGUGAUUUGUGACAAUCACAAAACAAAGAUUAACCCUGAAAACAUUGAUAUUUUUGAUUAAAAAAAAAAAAAAUUAUGUACUUGAGAUCUCUGGGGUUAGUGAAGGGCAACCAUUUCUUAUACAUUUCUAGCAAGAUUCAUUAAAUGUUAUCAUGUUUGUUUGUUUUUUUUUUCAGUCUAGCUGUAUUGCUCAACUGAGUUACCAAUUUAAAGCUGACACUUGCAACAUUCAGUUGAUUGCUGUAUUUUUUGUUUUUGUUUUGUAAGAUUGUAAGAAGACUGCAUAUAUGUGUAUUUUACUUAAAAUGUUGUAUAAGAUAAAAUUAUGUAUUAUGUUCGAAGUUGCGGUUUUUAAUGGCAUUUCCCCAAUUAAAUCAUUGCUUGAUAAAAGUUCAUACAUUGGUUGAUAAAAGCUCUUUGAUAUUUUGCAGCUCUUGCUCAACUAAUCAUGUUCUAUGUGCAUUAACCAAUCGUAAAUGAAAAGAGAUUAAAAAUAAAAUCUGUAUAUAUUAAUAUAA